GCCAUGUUCCCCUGCGGUCUGAGCUGCCUGUCUGUGCUGGGGGCGGCUGGCACCGCUCUCCUGUGCGCCGGCCUCCUGCUCAGCCUGGCCCAGCACCUCUGGACCCUCCGCUGGAUGCUGAGCCGGGACCGGGCCUCCGCUCUGCCCCUGCCCAAGGGCUCUAUGGGCUGGCCCUUCUUCGGGGAGACGCUGCACUGGUUAGUUCAGGGCUCGCGCUUCCACAGCUCCCGCCGGGAGCGCUACGGGACAGUGUUCAAGACACACCUGCUGGGCAGGCCGGUGAUCCGCGUGAGCGGCGCCGAGAAUGUGCGCACAAUACUGCUGGGCGAACACCGCCUUGUGCGCAGCCAGUGGCCACAGAGCGCGCACAUCCUGCUGGGCUCGCACACACUGCUCGGCGCGGUUGGCGAGCCACACCGGCAGCGGCGCAAGGUACUGGCUCGAGUAUUCAGCCGCGCGGCGCUGGAGCGCUACGUGCCACGCCUGCAGGGGGCGCUGCGGCGCGAGGUGCGCUCCUGGUGCGCAGCCCGCCGGCCGGUGGCAGUCUACGAUGCUGCCAAAGCCCUAACCUUCCGCAUGGCCGCGCGCAUCCUCUUGGGGCUGCGGCUGGACGAGGCGCAAUGCGCGGAGCUGUCCCGAACCUUCGAGCAGUUUGUGGAGAACCUCUUCUCACUGCCCUUGGACGUGCCCUUCAGCGGCCUGCGCAAGGGCAUCCGGGCAAGGGACCAGCUACAUCGGCACCUGGAGGAGGCCAUUGCGGAGAAGCUCCAUGAAGACAUGGCUGGGGAGCCAGGUGAUGCCCUGGCCAUGAUUAUCCACAGCACUAGGGAGCUGGGCCAUGAGCUCUCAGUGCAGGAGCUGAAGGAGUCGGCUGUGGAGCUCCUCUUCGCCGCCUUCUUCACCACCGCCAGCGCCAGCACAUCUCUGGUCCUGCUGUUGCUGCAGCACCCGGCGGCCAUCACCAAGAUCCGGCAGGAGCUGGAGGCCCAGGGGCUGGGGCGGGCGUGCAGCUGCGGGCCGGGGGCCGCAGGGGAUGGCGCGGGGCACUGGUCAGACUGUGGCUGCGCGCCAGACCUCAGCCUCGCCGCGCUGGGCGGUCUGCCCUAUGUCGACUGCGUGGUCAAGGAGGUGCUGCGCCUCCUGCCGCCGGUGUCCGGGGGCUACCGCACCGCACUGCGCACCUUCGAGCUUGACGGCUACCAGAUCCCCAAGGGCUGGAGCGUGAUGUAUAGCAUCCGGGACACGCACGAGACGGCCGCGGUGUACAGCAGCCCGCCCGAGGGGUUUGAUCCCGAGCGCUUCGGUGCCUCGGGCGAGGAGGCGCGGGGCGCAUCCGGCCGCUUCCAUUACAUCCCUUUCGGCGGCGGUGCGCGCAGCUGCCUCGGUCAGGAGCUGGCGCAGGCGGUGCUCCAGCUGCUCGCGGUGGAGCUGGUGCGCACGGCGCGCUGGGAACUGGCCACGCCUGCCUUCCCAGCCAUGCAGACCGUGCCCAUCGUGCACCCGGUGGACGGGCUGCGCCUCUUUUUCCACCCGCUCGCGCAUUCCGCAGCGCGAGAUGGGCUCUGCCUCUGA